GUUAGCUGAAGUGUUUAAUAAAGCGGAAUGGAUUGUUUAGCCGUCGCUGUAAAUUUGUUAUAUUUAUUCAUUUAGAUUAUUAAGAAAUAUAUUAUUGUUACCUACAGGAAUUUAGACAAUUGUGUCCUACUUUUGUUAUGUUAUUCGCUGUUCCUGUUGCCUUUGUCGUUCAAAACUGAAGCAUAUUUACCUGGUCUCUGAUAGUUUCCUCGACCAUAUUGAAGUAGUGGUGUUGUGUUAAACAGAAGCUGCUCUGUGUUCUGUUCUCAGAGGUGGAGGAUGUCGGUCGCAGCUUUACGUCUGAUCCGCUGUCGGAGACUGAGCACACCUGGGCCGCCGCGUGUCAACAGAAUGCUCCAGUGGAAAGAUUUAGGAAAAGUUGCCAAAGUUACUAGUGCUGUUAUCUUGGGAGGCUGUCUUUUCAUCACUUAUGAGGUGGUGGCCUUGGAUAAGGCUGUGACCAUUGAUACAAGUGCAAUUCUCCAGGAGAAAUAUAAGUCAUAUAUCUAUCUCAGAGCCUCUCCUGCAGCGGAAAAGGAGAAUCUAACUGCAGGCCUCAUUUAUAAAGCGAGAAAGGAACUACACAAAGCAGCACGGCGGUUUAUAGAAGCGUCCUCCAGAUUAUUUCUACAAUCGUUAGAUGAACACUUAAGCCACGUGGAUGCAGACCCGCACGAAGUCGCCUUAUGGGUGCUGCUGAAGCAAACGCAGUCGGCUAACAAAGCCAUCCGACUCCAGGCUGUCCAGGAGCUGGCAGACAAUCACCACUGGCAUGCCUACCAGUACCAGACAGCAGCCCAAGUCAUUGACCAGAGGACCGCCGUGGGAUUGGCGAGAACUCCCCAUGUCGACCUUAGGUUCUUUCGACAACCCCCUGCACUUCCAGACCUGGAAGAUGGAAUGUCGGUAGAAGACGGGCUUCGGCAGCUGCUGGCGUCCCUGCCGCAGUCGGAGGUGGAUAAAUGCGUCCAGUACUUUACCUCACUGGCCCUCAGAGAGAGCACGCAGUCCAUGGCGGCACAAAGGGGCGGUCUGUGGUGUUUUGGUGGGAAUGGGCUUCCUUAUGCGCAGAGUCUCACUUCUGUCCCUUCAGAAAAGGUGGAGUCCUUCUGCCUGCAGGCGCUGGUGCAGCACUCAAAGGUACAAAGCCACUGUGACCACAUAGUGGCAAAAGGAGGUCUGCUUCUCCUUCAAAGGAUUUAUCAGCUCCGAAGAGACUCUCCUAAAAUCCAGAGAAACAUCAUUCGUAUUAUCGGAAACUUAGCACUGAAUGAAAGCGUCCAUCAGGAUAUCGUUCAGUCGGGCUGGCUGUCCAUCCUGGCUGAGAUGAUGCAGUCUCCUCACGUCAUGCAGGUGUCUUACGCAGCUCGAGCUCUAGCCAACCUGGACCGGGAAACCGUGGUGGAGAAGUACCAGGACGGGGUCUAUAUACUCCAUCCACAAACGCGUAACGGGCAGCCUGUCAAAGCAGACGUGCUGUUCAUUCAUGGGAUCCUGGGAGCUGCUUUCAAAACGUGGAGGCAGAAGGACAGUAGUUUACUCCAGGAGGAGCCGGAAGUGGAAAGCAGAAGCGAUUACACAGAGUGUUGGCCUAAGUCAUGGUUGGCCGCCGACUGUCCAAAUCUGAGAGUUCUCUCAGUGGAGUAUGACAGUCAUCUUAGCGACUGGAUGUCCAAGUGUCCUGCUGAAAAUCAAAGGAAGUCUCUGGCCUAUCGAAGUCGAGAUCUGCUAAAGAAGUUAAAGCAAGCAGGAGUCGGGGAAAGACCUGUGGUCUGGGUAGCCCACAGUAUGGGAGGAUUACUCGUAAAGAAAAUGCUUCUGGAUGCAUCUGAAGAUCCAGAAAUGAAAGACUUGUUGAAGAACACCAGAGGCGUCUUGUUCUAUAGCGUUCCUCAUCACGGAACCUUCAUGGCCGAAUACUCGGUCAACGUCAGAUACCUCCUUUUUCCAUCUAUAGAAGUCCGAGAACUUUGUAAAGAUUCACCAGCGCUGUGCAGUCUGAAUAAAAGUUUCGUGAACAUCGCAAAAGAAAAUGAUUUUAAGGUGAUGAGCUUUGCAGAAUCGCAGGCCACAAACAUCGGACCCAUGAUCAAAAUACUCGUGGUGCCGAGACAAUCGGCAGACCUCGGCAUCGGAGAACUCAUCGAGGUGAACGUGGAUCACCUCAACAUAUGCAAGCCAGAGAAGAAGGACUCAUUUCUGUACAAACGCAGCCUCCAGUUCAUCCAGGAGGCCCUGCAGAGCUUCAUCAGCCAGUGACUCCAGCACCUUAUCAGCACUAAGACAGUGAUGCAGACUACUGUAUACUUGAACUGUGGAGUGAAAACGCACAUGACCCCCCGGGAUGACUUUUAAGCAUUAACAAACCAUAAUGUGAAGUGUGAGGGAUCACUCACUAUUUAGACUAACUUAAAUGAUAUGAAACAUUUCAGCUGUGAUAACAAACCUAAUUUUUACUCACUCCUCAUAAAUCUGUAAAUCAGAUCACUUUUACAGAUUAUAUUUUUACAGUGUGUUGUCAUGUUUAGAAAUAGAGUCAGAUUAUUUUUUAAUUAUUAUUUAUUCUGAAAUGUACUAACAGUUUAUUUACGUACAUGAAGGAUCUGUGAUAUGCUUAAAAAAUACCUUUCACAUAUUUAUUUUUACAUUUGAGAGUUUUAUUCCCCCCAAAAAAGCACAAUGUUACUCAUAAUUGGUGCCAAAAUGUAUUUUUUCCUCCUAAAACCUUACCAUAGAUUGGUUUCUCUUUGUAUAUUUAAAAACAUAUUUAUUUUUUAACUAAUGAUGUGAUUGAAUUUAGCACAACUGCCACUAACGAUGCCCAUCGCUGUCAAUAAAUGACUGUAACAACCGA